GGAAAACGAACACUUCCUAGUUUGACUCGUGCUGGACUGCAGUUAUGCAGCAAACACAAGUCUGAUCAGUUCCUGGAAUAUUAUUCUGCGCAGUUUCAACCCACGGUGGGUGUGUUCGUCUUGAGUGACGUCACCGCGGUCCUCGUGCCUGUUCAUGCCCGCCUCUUUGUCAUUUCGCCGCGUGCCUCUCCCUGCGUCCACACCUGACGGCGCAUCGGCUCUGCUCGGAACACGGACCGGGUCAAGUCUCGCGGGCUCGGUUCGUGACUUGGAUUCUACGACAAGGACAUAAAGGCGCGCGCGGUUUUUAAAGAACAGGAUGGAUGCAGAUAACCACUUGGACAUUCACUUUUGAGGCCUUUUUAUUAAAAAAACAACAACUCGUGUCCUGAUCACCCAGGUCAACAUUUGACUAUGCUGAAUGACUCAUGCCACAACAAGUCCCAUAUCGACCCCAGCCACACCCCUGUGCCCAGCGCCAUCAUGUUCGCUGCAGGCAUCUUCGGCAACGGGCUGGCCUUGGUCAUCCUGGAGCUGCGGCGACGCCGGCAGGCCAAGAAGGACGGCCAGAAGCACAGUGCGCUGUUUCACAUCCUCAUCACUGCUCUGGUGGUGACCGACCUGACCGGGACCUGCCUGGCCAGCCCCAUCGUGCUGGUGGCGUACGCUUACAACACCACUCUCAUCUUGUUGUCAUCCACAACCUACCACAACCUGACUUUAAACCAGACGGUCACUGUGAGCAAACCGAUCGUGUGUCAGUACUUUGGUUUCACGAUGACCUUCUUCAGCCUCGUCACGUUGUCACUCCUCUUUACUACAGCCCUGGAUCGAUGUUUCGCCAUAGGGUACCCCUACCUGUAUAGCCGCCACGUCACCAAGAAAUGGGCUUACAUCAUAAUACCGCUGUUGUUUGUUUUUUCUACAUUAUUUUGCCUGCUUCCAUUCUUUAAAUUCGGUUUAUACGUGCAGUACUGCCCAGGCACGUGGUGUUUCAUCGACAUGAACCCAAAGGAGCCCGAACACCGUGCCUACGCUAACCUGUAUGCCACGGUAAUGCUGGUGCUGGUGCUGACCAUUGUGGUGUGCAAUGGUUUUGUGGUAAAGCAGCUGUUCAUGAUGUACCAGCGCCGCAAAAGGCAAGGAUCCAUCGUUACGUUGGCCAAGAGGUCCAACAGCCACCGCAAGUUGGUGUCCAUGGCAGAGGAGGUGGAGCAUCUCAUCUUGAUCUUCAUCAUGACCAUCAUAUUCAUCAUCUGCACACUACCGCUUGUGAUCCGGGUCUACAUGAACUCCAUAUUCAGGGAAAAGGAAUCUCACAUUUUGGAUCUGACGGCGCUCCGUUUCAUCUCCAUCAACUCCAUUAUCGACCCCUGGGUCUUCAUCCUGCUCUCGCCCAGCGUGGUUCACUUCUUCCUCUUUUCCGUCUGCCACGCCCCCUUUGGAAGCUCCAGGGAUUCUGUUUGUAAAGCAUCGUUGGUUAGGGAAACUGAACUGACCAGCGCACGGCGGCCCGGCGAGGACUUUACUUCUCGGGAAAACAUUUGACUGGAGCUAGACACUUUAUUUAAUUUAUAUUUAUUGGUAACAGGAAUGGAAAGGCUAAUCUCCACUCCGGGAAGGUUUGAUGGUCUGCAGCAACCAUAUGGUUGGAGUUUCCAGUCGAAACCUCUGAGACCUUCUCUAAUUCGCCGUUUCGCCGCUGGGAGUGAAAGCCAUUGGCUUCAAGGAGCGAGCCGACGGUUUGUGUCAGUGUUAGAGAAAGAUUUGACAAAAGGAAAUCAUUCAGUCAGGAAGAAAACUGGUAGCAAGGGUCUAGAAAUAGAAUACAAAGGUACUUCACAAACAGUUUUCUUAGGCAAAACAAUCAGAAAAGCAAAGGUCGAGAUUGUUCAAAUGAAUCAAUACCUGCUGCUUUAUUUCAUCAUAAAGAAAUCCUUUAAGGAUUGGCAAUCCUUUAAGGAUUUAAGGACCUCAGGCUACCUUUAGUCUGCAGCUAUUCUAGAAGGAGAAAACCGCAAGAAACCUAGAGGCAGCAAUUUCUCUCUUAAAAACAGUCCUUGAUACUAUUCAUAUCAAGGAAUUAUUGCCCUGUAGGACAGCAGUGAUCUUGUAGACCACUGUGAGUGACUGAAGGUUUAUUGGACAAUUUCAAACCUUUGUACGUUUAAGAGUGUAUUUGUGCAAUUUUCACUAAAGUAGACUUCACGAUACUCCUAGUUCAGGUACCCCAAACCAAAAGUGCCACAGAAGUAGGAUGAUACUGACAUGUAUUGUAUUAAAUCAAACCAUGCUGACGCCUUCAGAAAUUUGGCCUAAACCUUAGUCACGUGCACUAGGGUUGACCCGCACAAGUGCAGGUUUUUGGGUUGUCUGGAGGGCCGUAGAGAGAAGUGGCCGCAUCUCAAGGGGGGCGCAGGUGUGAGGUUCCUACCGUGACCUCAAACAUGAAAAUGGAUUUGUUGUCUGUUUGUUAAAUGUAUCGGGAGUAUUUGUAGCACUUAUGAUGUAAUCUGUCUUACGGUGCCCCCAUACAAAAUUCUGGUCUUAAGUAAGGUGCGAGUACUGGCCCUUUACUAACCCUAACCCGAAUGGCGAAUACAUGGCGUGUCCAAGUAAGGAGGCCCAAAGGAUUUUCACACAAACUACGCUCUGAUUGUUUAAUUUCCUGUUUUUUAAUAGUUGGGCACCAACAGACCCCUUGCGCAGACCACAGGAUUUGGAAGGGGGGAGUCGAAAAGCAAAAUAAUCUGUCCCACACACCGGUGUUUCACCUACUCCACCCUUACUUACCCUUUUGCUAUGGCUUUUUGCCUGCAGCAUGCCCAUAGAAAAAUGUGCUUGAACAAUUCGCACUACGGGCUCAUUCUGUGACCGUGUCCUGUACUGGUUUUCCCAUUUGUCGACCUGGAAAGCCCAUAUCGAGUUGCAAGUGCAGUUUUAGUGUUCACACUGAUCUCUUUAGGAAGGGUGAAACCUCUGAAGUGGUAUGACCCGAUCAUGCCAGCCAUGUAGUACUAGAAAACAAUGGUCUCAGUUGGUUUGCAAGUGAACUUUGGUGUGGUUUUCUAUCAUCUGAAUGCUGGAUUUUCCAAAACACUUUGAACGUCAGCAAUCAAAAAGAAAAUAAAGAAAAAUGACUACAACUCAAAUCCGAAGCAGCUCCAAUAAUGACACACUUGGAGAAGGUCUCAUCUGGAAACGGGAUACAAAGGAAAGGUGAAGAUGAUUAAUCGCUAGCUACUCGUUUGACACUGAAACGAGCAGCUUUUUGUAACGCUUUCAGGCAUUUAAGCUCUCUCAAACCCAUGACUCUCCACAGCAGACCAUCAACACUUAUGGCAGCUCACUUUUUUUGUGUCAAUGUGAAAAUGCUCUAUAGAAGAAUAAAAAACCAUUAAUCAUAGCAAAACAGUGCUCCUACUUCAUUUCAUGUGUAUCACGUGUGUAAACCCAUGAUUGUACCUUAAAGAAAAUCUGCCUUAAUGAAGAAUUAUUUUAAAAAAGUGUCUUUAUUGGUGUGCAAUUAUAUUCAUGCUAGACUUUUCUGGAAAUAUCAGUGGUUCUCACCACUUCCUGCCUGCAUUUCUCUUAGAAAGAUAUCCGGAAAGAAAAACAUUAAAGGAUCUACUUAAAUCUGAAGUGCCACUUGAUCUCCAUUGACUUUACAAGGGAUCCUCCUGAAACGCCCAUUUGACGUGUGAUUGUCCAAAGCACUGUCAAAAAAACAUGGAGCCAAAUGGAAAGUUGAAUGAAUCCUCUUGUUUUGGGUCAAAGAUCCACUUAAAAAAAGGUUUCUAGCAGAAGAUUGACCAGAUGCAUAAGUAUAUCAACUGGAAGUACUUAGACGACUACUGAGCUUCCAGGAAAAUAAAGCAGCUCAUUUUAUUUGUCUUCCAGUUGCUUUAGCACUACUUUCCUUCAAAACAUGUUUCAACAGAGUUCAGAGUGUGGCAUUAAAAUGUGCUGUAACCCAUUUUUGGGGGACCUGAGGGCAUAGUUCUCUAAUAAAAAAAAAAAGCCGAAUAGGAAGUUUAAAUUGGUUUUUAUAACAAUUUUAAAAAAUGGUUAAAAAGUGGUAAAGAAUUUACCAAAUUUAUGAUAAGUGUUUACCGUAUUUAUGAGAUUUUCUUGUGCCCGUUCCAAAUAUGCUUUUAAUUUUUUCUUGCUUUCUUGUGUGUAUUUCGUUCUUGUUCUUUUUUGUACAUUUUCAUGUGCCGGCUAGCGCAAUGUGGUGUGAGUAUAUGUGAAAAACAAAAACAAAUGUAUGUUGAAGAAAUGGUUUUAAACCAGAGUUGUGGCUGAUGCCUUUUAAGUACUGUAAACCGAUCUAAAUGCACUGAAAGAUCCCGCUCUAAUGCUGAUGUAAAUUAAAACCUCAUGUGGCAAA